CAUCAGUUUCUUCCCCAGACCGGCCCAUACAUCCACAGGGCACCAAAGCGUCGCUCAGCCCCUCCCUCUUCAUGGCGGAGCAGUCAGCGCCCAGCGGCUUCUCGCUGAGCGAGAGCUCGGCCACGUGGCCAUCAGGCGGUAUCAACGAUGGUAAGCGCCCACCGCUGCCCACGUCCUUCCGGCCGGAGAAACGCGGCCGUGCAGACAACGACGGCCCUCACGACAGUUCAACGCCCAUGGAUGUGAGCGGGCCUGGGUCCCCAGGGGGGCGGCCCGCGGCCGCACCCACGUCGGCCAACGACCUGCCGCACUUGGCCAGCUGGAAAUCAUCUACUUCGUCCACGGAUGGCGCUUCGGGUGACGUUAACACGGGCACAUACACGCGUGUACACCUCAAGGUGAAGGCACAGAGCCGUCUGGGCGAGACUGUGCAUUGUUCAGGCUCAUCCUUCGUGAUGGGACACUUUAACCCGAACGAGAGCAUGACACUCGUCACAACACCGGAGGAUUACCCAUACUGGACCACUGUCAAGCCCAUGAUCUUGCCUCGUGGGGUACCCCAUCAGUACAUGUAUGCACUCUUCUCCGGUGGAGUAUUCAGCUCUUGGGAACAGAUCGAACGUGAAAGAGUGUUGGUCCCUGAAGGACGCGAGAUGCUGGUCGUGGAAGAGUACGGUAAGUACGACCAGGACAUGGAGCUCGUCCCCACAGGCGAGCGCAUCGAACGCUCGCUAGUCUACGAGCGUCGGAGAGACGAGAGCCCAGCGACUCCGAGACAAAGCAACGCGUCCGAAGAUAUGGCCGACAUUCCGGCCACUGAGAGCGAGGAAUCGAAGGAGACAGGGGCCAGACUGGCCGCCAGAGUCGCGGAAGAUAAGGAAGAAGCGGACGCCAAGUCCCCACCCAGCAGCAUUACAGGCUCCCCCAGUCAGAGAUUCCGACAGACAAACAAGUUACAGAGCAGAUACAAGAGAUACAUGCCCUCCAGUUACCAUCCGUCGCCCGAUGCGAUGCUCUUCUUGGUUUGCUAUCAUUUACCAGUGAAGCUCACCAAGUCUACAGAGGACGGGUCGUGGUCUGCCAAGUGGAAUCGCGAUAGUUUGAUCUCUAGGAGUGAGAACAGUAUUGCAGAGAGUAUGAGCACGACGUGGGUGGGCUGUGUCACGUACCACGCGCGUAGUGACCAGGAGGAGCUGUCAGAGGAUGAUAAGAGCGAGAUCACAGCGAUCUUGGCCGAGAUGAACUGCAUCCCGGUGUUUAUUGAUCGCCAGUUGGCUGCGAACCACCACGGCGGAUACUGUAAGAGCAAAUUGUGGCCCAUGUUCCACAAUGUGGACAUUCUGGACAUUUAUUACUCGAUUUGGGACCGCGCAGAGGUGAUUGAGUGGAAGGAGGAGCGCAAUAAUGGCGAGUGGUGGGAAGCCUAUCAGACAGUGAACAGGUUGCUGGCGGAUCGUGUUGGAGAGCUGUGCAAGGAGAACGAUACAGUGUGGGUGCAUGACUACCACUUGCUGCUGUUCCCGUCGUAUCUGGCUAACACGUGCAGGAAAGAGAACCGUAAAAGACCCAAGAUGGUCUUCUUCUUGCACGUUCCCUUCCCUACGUCUGAAGUGUUUCGAGAGCUCUCGCACGGUACGCAACUACUAGAAGGUGUACUGGACGUGGAUAUUGUAGGCUUCCACUCGUUCGACCACGCGCGUCACUUUCUUAACGCUUGUAAACGGUUCUUGGGACUCACGUACCAGUCUCGACGCGGUGGAAAUCUUGGCGUGGACUACCGUGGCCGCAAUGUGGUGAUUACGAUCAGUCACGUGGGUAUUGAAACAACGCUAAUUCGAGAGGUACUGAACGACCCGAAGGUGCAGGAAGCAGCACGUAAGUUGCGUGAGAAACACAAGGGCAAAGUGCUUAUUGCAGGUGCAGAUGUCUGUCAGAGAUUAAGUGGCAUCCCAUUGAAGAUGCUGGCGUUCGAGCAGUUCUUUAGCAACUGUCCGUCUUGGAAAGAUAAGCUCGUGUUUGUGGAGCGUGCCACGUUGACACAGACGCGACUGGGGGACCAAAACUACAGCAGCAAUGAGAUUCGCAAGCUCGUGGAGCGGAUUACCAAGGCGCACGGCCCCGAGUGCAUCGACUACGAGGAGUCGUCUUCCCCUUUGACUAUAGAGGAGCGCUUGACGCUGUGGCUCGCCAGCGAUAUCUUGAUGGUUACGUCGAUCCGUGAAGGACUGAACUUGAAGCCGUUAGAGUUUGUAUUCGCCAAGGGAGUGAACCCGGAGAAUCCGCCCGGUGUGGUCAUCCUGAGCGAGUUUUCGGCCUGCUGUUGUGUCCUGAACGGAGCUGUGCGUGUCAACCCGUGGAAUAUCACAGGACUCGUGAACUCGUUGGACCACGCAUUGACUAUGAGCAACGAGGAGCGGCUAGGUCGUCGCGCUAGGGAUUUACCGUACAUCACGAACCAACCCGCUGCUAACUGGACCAAGCAAGUGCUGUCUGUGCUCCACGAGGCGACGGAUAACCCCGAAGGUAAUGAGGAAUACACGAAUAUGGAGUACAUGGACACGGAGAUUGGUCGAUCGCAUGUCAUGCGUGUGGGUGAUCGAUCGGACUUCAAGCAGUUGAAUAUCGACAAGGUUAUGGCCGCCUACAUGCAGUCCAAGCGCCGUGUGUUCCUACUUGAUUAUGGCGGCACUAUCAUUGCACGCGAGAAUAUCGCCAUGUACGUGAAGAAGGACUUCACAGCAGUGACAGGAAAGCGACCGUCUCGUCGUAUGAUGGAGGCAUUGACAAAUCUGACGAACGAUCCACGCAAUACUGUGUUUGUGGUGAGUGGCGUGACUAAAGCGAAUCUUACUGCAUCGCUCGGACACAUUCGUGGCCUUGGUCUGGUGUCGGACAAUGGCGCACUGUACUCGUGGGCGAAAUCCAUUAACAUCGACAAUACGGAGGACACGACCAUGCAGGACGAUAGCAACCCCACUGAUCGCCACUGGCACCAGCACAGCUUCAAGUUCGACUGGCGUCCGGUUCGUGAGGCGGUGGACCCGAUCCUAAAGGUAUACUGCACACGCACAAAUGGUAGUGUGCUUCGCUAUGCCGCUCAGAGUAUUGCGUGGAACUUCCGCUCGACGGACCCAGAGUGGGGACUCUUGCAAGCUAAUUCGUUGCAAAACGACCUGGAGGAGGUAAUCCGUGACCUGCCGGUUAAUAUUAUCCGUAAGAAAGGCUUGCUGGAGAUUGUGCCUGAAGGUUUGAACAAGGGAGUGGUGGCUCGCCAGAUUUUGACACAAGACGCAGCAAUCAGCCACGGCCAUCCGGACUUUCUCUUCUGUAUUGGCGACGAUACGACGGAUGAGAGUAUGUUCAAGGCUAUUUACGACUAUUAUGCAGAGCGAACGGAGGAGAGUGUGCAUGGACGACAUGGCAACGGCACGUACGAGGACUUCCUCGCUGCUGGCGACGAAGGUCCACUACAUCAUGUGUUUACGUGCACAGUGGGUAAGAAACCCAGCAACGCGCAUCUGUACGUCAACAAUGUGGAUGAGGUGGAGCAACUGCUGCAAGCGCUGGGUAAAACGUCAGGCGAGGAAGUUCCAGCGACCGACAGCUGAACCAGCGAUGAUUAUUGAGAAGACGAAGGGAAUAAAGCCUGUGAGAGACGGUGGUAGUAUCAGAUAGCGGCGAAUCGAUCCAAUUUACUAUGUCAAUUUGGCAAAGAGAUACGAAACAAGCAAUCUAAUCUAUCUCGUUUCGUCUUCAACAUGGUGUUUUCAG